AUGGCCGACCUUCCUACCUUCAUCUCUUCCUGUAUCGCCCCCGACAGCGCUGGCCAGAACGCCUUCCUGUUCGGCGUCCCCAAACCCGGCACACUCGAAGCACAUCUCAUCAACCUCUCCGAUCCCCUCGCCCCCACUUCAAAACUCGUCUCUUCAACCUCCACUUCCACCGAGGCUAGUUGGGAUGCCAGUUCCAGUCUAGGCUGCUAUCCAUACUUAGGCGACACUCCUUCCUCUCAACCCUCUCCUCCCCCCGCCACCAACACAACCGCCCCUGCACUUACACCUGUCCCUUCUUUUCCUCCGUCCAUUACAAUCGUCCAGUUCGGGAACGGUGUCCAGACACAAUUCUACCCCAAUGGCACCUGGGUAACCUUUGAGACGACCACCGAAGCAGCCUCGAACUUUUUGACUCCCAAGAUGUUCAGUCCUGUGGGUUCAACAAAUGGUUGGAAUUGGUUCGUAGCCAGGGCUGGAGGUCAACCCAAGACAUGGCAGUACCUCCGCAUUGGAAGCAGGAGUGAGGCAGGAUCAAAAGAUCUGACCAUUGUGGGCUCUGAACCGCUCCUGACGGUGGGCGCCAUCGCUCCAGACGCAAACAACUACGGCAACGGUCUCCUCUUCUAUAUCGACCAGUCUGGAUCCACAGGAUCAAUAUACCGCGCAACAGGCAACAAGCGACCAGACAGGAACCUGACAACAACUGAUACACUGGUAACCCUCGGCAAGCCCAGCCCGCUAAACAUGAACAACAAUACUCUCACAGUCGAUGCUGUCCCAGUGACCACGGCCUUUGCUGCCUUUAUUUUGGACAAGAGUGAACAAGGAGUCGUUUCGGUGUACUCGAUCGACCCCCGCAUCCCCACUCUCACCCUCACUCGGACACCCGUCAAAGGAUUUUCGCCUCUCUUCCAUGUCACCCAAUCCUUCACCAGUCUGAACAGCAGGAUUGUCGUCUAUGGGGGAGCAGUGCCAAAUGCCAUCCACAUCUUCGACGUGAUCUCGGGAACAUGGACGGGACCUGCCCUUGUCGAUCCUUCAGCAGCGACCACAGUGCCUUCCCAAGGUCUGAGCAUGGGAAUCAUCGGAGGAAUUGCGGCAGCAGCUGUUGUUAUUUUGCUUGUGGUAGGACUGGCUAUCUGGCGGAUACGACGACGUCGCAGUAGGAGAACUACACAGACAAGGUCACCCACCGACGAUAUUCCAUUCAACGAUGAUGUAAAGGUCCCAGUCAAGGAGGAUACUAUUGACCUUCUAACAAUGGACAACAAGAACCGGCCUCGAUUCCACGAUCGCGGACAGGCCUCAGAAAGCGCCCUCACACCUUCAAUGGCACCAUCGUCAAUGCCAGGAACACUUAUCGGCGAGCACAAGAAGAGAAGCAGUAAUCAACAACGGAGACCAGGAGGAGUGUCGAGACAUGCCAGUGGCUACUCGCUGCGAUCAGAAGGAAGCUCAAGUCGAGUCUCCCUCUACCCUGCCAACUCGACCGUCUAUCUUGCUGGACCUGCUACUGUCAUUCCACCCAACCCUACAAUACCCUCAGCUUUUUCAACAGCCAACCUCCAGAAGCUCCAAAACGCGGCAGCGGUCUACAGGUCGACGAGUGCUCCCGGAACGCCUAAUCCACGAUCAGCCGAUCCACCAAGUCGAAAGGGAUCCAUAUACAAAUUUUCCGUCCCAAACGACUAUGACGAUCGACAGCCGCUUCACCACCACGAGUCUUCAGAGGAGCAGCAAGCAUACCUCCAAAUGUCUUCAAAGUCGACACCUAACGGUUCACCUGCGAGUAUUACUGGAUCGCGGCCACUUGAGACAGCCUCCUCAGCAACACUUGGUAACAGCAGUUAUGGUCACAGUCAUAGCCGGAGUCAAUCGCGGAGCGAUACAUCUGUCAGCUACCCUCGCCCUUCGUUCUCAUCCUCAUCUCAGCCAGCAUCCCCAAAGCAACCUAGACCAUCGACUUCGACAAUAGACAGCGAUCAUCAAUCCCAGCAAUCCCAUCUGAACCAACAGCAGCAAUCCAAUCCUUCCAGUCGUGCGGCUUCUCGGCCACGAAAAAAGAGAACGGAUGGUCCCGCGCCGCACAAAUCACCUACUAGUCCGACAUUCCCCAAGGAGUCCUCACCCUCAUCUUCACAGAGAUACGCCGACCAUCGUGACUAUGGCUCCUACAAGAUUGAAUACCGAGACCCAUUUUUCCUCCUCCAACAACAACAACAGCAACAACUCCAACAACUUCAGCACCAGCACGGUUACUCUAACCCAGCAUCACCUACAUCCCCCACAUCUCCAUACGCACCCGCUGCUGGAUCUUCUAGGCUUGUAGCGGCUACAACAACCACCCACUCUCCAUCGCCGGUCCCAUCAGAGACCGACACCCACUUUGCCGGUGACUUUCCCAUGCCACCCAAGAUGGUUGCAAUGAAACCACAACGGAAUCGCUCUGCUCCAGCUUCACCUACGUCGCCUUCUAGUCAACUUGCUGCUCUGGCUCCAUCAAGACCAACUCGUCGACAGCAACAACCGCGACAAGAUGAACAGUACCACCAGUAUCAACAGCAGGUGCCGAGUCGGUAUGACGAUGUACAGGCGAUGGUAGGGUCUCCGGGCACGAUGAGUCCAGUGACGCCUAAACUGGUUUCCUUGCCCCGUCCUAUCCCUCGUGAACGUGAGCGGGAGCGCGAGCGUAACCGCAAUCGUGAUCACACAUAA